AUGGAGGAUUGCCAGCAAAUAUUAAAAGCUUUGGGCGCAUUUGAUUAUGUUGCUGCUACUAAACUCAUAUCCAAAAUAACUAAAGCGUAUCAACCGAUCGGUAAUAUCUUUACUCGUUUAUGUAGUUGUGAAAGCUCUUUUACACAAUUACAAUUCUUGCGAUCCAGGUGGUUUGUGAUGAGAAAAGAUACAUCUGUUGAAUUAGUCUAUACUAACCUCGCUAGUGAAUUGCCCAAAGAAAUUCUUAACAUCACCACUGCCACCUCACCACUUUCCAACACUGACAAAAAUCAUCUCAUCGUGGUGAUGGAUGCAUUGACCAAGUUAUGUCACAUUCGUCGAGAUAUGAUCAACCUGUACCAAGCCAUCUUGGCUCAAUCCAUCAAGGGGGAAUUCGACGAGAUCUUGAAUGACAUGGAAGCGCUGCAGACAAAGACGCUUAACCUCAAUCUGCCCAAGGAUUUAUCCGUAUUGGGUGUAGGCGUCGAGAAAGAAAUCAAAAUAUUGACAUGUCUACUAAGAGCAAGAACAGCCAUCACCAAUUAUGCCUUUCAAGAAGCUUGUAUCGCCUUAUUUCAACUGAAAGGUGAUCUGACCGAAUGGAAAAGGAUCUGUCAAGAGCAAGACUAUCCAGAGAAAUCUUCCACAAGACCAGACGAUACAAAGGAGCUCUCCACUUGGCGAUUUCCGUUAUUUGGAACAGGACAAUCCGAGUCCAAGGUUCAUAAACAAGGAGAUAUUUGGCCCAAUACAAUUCGGUGGCAUGCACGCGUUCUGGGAAAUUUAACCUCCAAAAUGACCCUAUAUUUUAACACCAUCUUGUUAGAAAAAGAAAGUAUCGUCAGUGAUCAAGACCCCGAAAAGACCCUCUGGAAAGGGUUAAGAAUCGAUUACUAUGAGCAAAUUUCUACCUUUAAAAAGAAGCAUAAUGCGUAUAGUAUAGGCCUCGUAUAUGAAGUCACUCACGAUACACCGUUUUACCCACAGGGUUACGUAUGUUGUCCCAAAACCACACCCUACGAACCUCCCCAAGGCAUACACUCUUUUCCCUUCAUUUAUUGCCAUCCCAAAGAGCCUCCCAACAAACAUUUACCAAGCAUUAUCUCCAUUAUUCAAGGAAGCAAACACAAACUUAGCGAUCCUAGGUCCGGCCCUGUUUAUUUCUACGACCACACGAUUGGAAGCACAUAUUACAUGAUGCGAGUGGAUAAACACGCCGUAUGUGUGAUUAUUUAUCUAGAUAAACAUCUGAAUCGUGAACCAGCUACUGUAGAAUUUAUAACAAAUAUUGUUACUUCCUUAAGAGGUAGUACUGUCAUUGAAGAAUUAAUUAGAGUCGAUUAA